CUUAUCAAAUAAUCACUUCAUUCACUUAUCAAACAACCACUUCAUUCACUUAUCAAACAACCACUUCAGCCAUUUCUACUCAAAGGAUUCCUCUUUCAAUCCUUUGCAACAAUGCUUAAUUUACCGGUCCUCGCUGCCUUUUUGGCCAGCUCUGCUUUUGUAGCCGCUGAUCCAUCUUUUGUAAGACUAUCUACUUUCCAUAGCAUUCACUUCGACAAGUAUUAACAUUUCAUCCUCUUAGGCUUCAGAAGAUUUGGACAAGCGCGCCGCUUGCACAUUCACCAGCGCAGCUACGGCCAUAGCCCAAAAGGCAGGAUGUUCUAGUAUCACCUUGAACAGUAUUGCUGUACCAGCUGGCACCACUCUUGAUUUGACCGGCCUCGCUACCGGUACCAAAGUUAUAUUUGAAGGAACUACUACGUAAGUUCUCCACCCUCAUAUUCACAAAACAAUUCUAAAUGAAUUACAGCUUUGGAUAUUCGGAAUGGGAGGGACCUCUCGUCUCUAUCUCUGGAACUAACAUCGUCGUUACUGGCGCAUCUGGAAACAAGCUUGACGGAGGCGGUGCAAGAUGGUGGGAUAAACUUGGCUCCAAUGUCAGUGCUGGUAACGGCAAAGUAAAGCCUAAGUUCUUUUCUGCACACAAGUUGCUUGGAUCAUCCAGUAUCACUGGUUUGAACUUCCUCAAUGCACCAGUUCAAUGCAUUUCUAUCGGUUCAUCUGUGGGCCUCUCGCUCAUCAACAUCAACAUCGAUAACUCCGCUGGAGAUGCUGGUGAACUUGCACACAACACAGAUGCUUUUGAUAUCAACUUGAGUCAAAAUAUCUUUAUUUCUGGCGCGGUCGUCAAGAAUCAAGAUGAUUGUGUUGCCAUUAACUCCGGUUCUGUAAGUUUUCUCCUCCCUUCAAAAAACCUGUGACUUCUCUGAUGAAUAACAGAACAUCACUUUCACUGGCGGAAAUUGCUCAGGAGGACAUGGUCUCUCCGUCGGCUCCGUCGGUGGCCGCUCCGGCACUGGAGCAAACGACGUCUCGGAUGUCAAAUUCUUGUCCUCUACUAUUAGUAAAUCCAGCAACGGCGCUCGUAUUAAGGCUGUCAGCAAUCAAAAGGGUACAAUCAAAGGCGUUACCUAUAAGGAUAUCACCUUAGUCGGCAUCACUGGUUUUGGUAUUGUUAUUGAACAAGAUUAUCAAAAUGGUAGCCCUACUGGCACCCCAACUGACGGAGUUCCAAUCACCGGUGUCACUAUGGAUAAUGUCCACGGUACUGUUUCGGGUGGCCAAAAUACUUACAUUCUUUGCGCCAACUGCUCUGGCUGGACUUGGAAUAAGGUUGCUAUCACCGGAGGAACUGUUAAGAAGGCCUGCAAAGGUAUCCCGACAGGAGCCUCUUGUUAAACUACGAGCCGGCUUGAUCGCACAGAAAAUCGAACGUGGGUUUUCUGAGAAAUACAAGUCAUUUGCAAGAUAGUUAACAGAUGGAAUUAUGGAAAAGGAUAGAUCUUUGAGAGAUUUGUUUGAAAUUUAGUUUUUAUUGUUUUCUGCUAUUUGUUUUUGAAAGUUCAUCAUUGAAAAGAGGAGAAUAGAUUGUAUCUUAUACU